UCUCGAUCAAUCAGACUCACACCCCCAUCGUUUAUUUAUUACUCUCCACCCGCUCUCUGUCAGAAACCAAACCAGAAGAACAUGACCGACGUCACCCUAAAAUCUACUGCUACUAAUACUUAACACGACGCUUGAGUUCAACAUUUCGGAGUAACUCAACCCAAUGGCUGCAGCUCUCGAAUGCUGGUCGAGCCGGACCAGCACGGACGAGGACAUGGUGGAGCAAGUCUUGAUGCGGACCAACGACAGGUCCGAGGGAGCGCCGGAGACCUCGGCGGCGGUGGCGGCGGCGAAUAUCGGACCGACCAAGGAAUACUCUUCCGUUAUGCAGAAACGGUUUCAGCGGUUGAGUCGGAACGUGUCCGAGGCGAUUGCGUCGCUUAAGAAUACGUUGAAUCUGGACUCUGCGACAGCCGCAGGUGCUGCCGGAGGAGCACGUGACAACCAAACGGCAACGUCUAAGAUCGAGAGUUGUCGGAAGGUUGUUUGGGGGAGUGUUGUACGGAACUUGACGCAGUUGUAUCCUGGAAGUCAGUUACCGGAGAAGCUCGUCUCUAAUAUUAGAAAGCAUUAUGAUUCGUUGCCGCUCAGUUAUGCGCAAGCGGGAUUUGAUAUGAAAGAAGUGUUUUUACAUAUAAAAUUGAUAGAGCAAGCGUCAGGGGAUGAGCGUCCCGCUAUAAUGAUUCAAGAAGUGUCCGAUGAUGAAGUACAGGGUUCUGUAUUUAAGCUUACAUUUGCAUGUAACUCAUCAAUUUCAUGGCCAACGAUGUCUGGUGCAUUAGAUAACGCUUCUAUUUGUUGCAAGAAGAUACAGAUCUUUGAAAAGAAAGGCUUUACUCUUGGGGUUGUUCUUCUGUUAGUUCAAGCUGGGCACGAGAAGUCGUUUAAAUCAAGGAUUGAAAAUGCAAUUAAAUCGGCUAUUAAGAAGCCUAAACAAACAUCAGUGAAGCUCCCGUUUGGGCUCUGUGGGUGCCAAGAGGAGAAUGCGAAGGGGAGAGAUUUUGGAGAGAUUGAGGAGGAAUCUGGUGAGGAGAACUUUAGAAGUGGGGUUGAGAAUUUGAAUAUGAAAAUUCAGCUUCAGAUGCCGUUACCUACUUCUUCGUUUGUUGUAUCGGUUGAUGAAUGGCAGACGAUGCAAUCCGGUGGGGAAGAGAUUGGGAAGUGGCUGUUGAACUCAGAUAAUCUUGAGUUUAUUGACCAGAUUGGACCCAAUUCUUUUAAAGGAGUUUACAAGGGGAAAAAAGUGGGAAUUGAGAAGCUCAAAGGGUGUGACAAGGGGAAUUCGUAUGAGUUUGAGCUGAGAAAAGAUCUGUUGGAGUUGAUGACUUGUGGGCACAAGAAUAUUUUGCAGUUUUAUGGUGUUUGUGUAGAUGAAAGUCAUGGGCUGUGUGUAGUGACGAAGUUGAUGGAGGGCGGUUCAGUUCAUGACUUAAUGAUGAAAAACAAGAAGCUUCAGACUAAGGAGAUAAUUAGGAUUGCUGCUGAUGUAGCUGAAGGGAUCAAGUUCAUGAAUGACCAUGGUGUUGCAUACAGAGACUUGAACACACAAAGGAUUCUAUUGGAUAGACAUGGUAAUGCUUGCUUGGGGGACAUGGGUAUUGUCACUGCUUGCAAGAGUGUUGGUGAGGCAAUGGAGUAUGAAACCGAUGGUUACAGGUGGCUUGCUCCUGAGAUUAUUGCUGGUGACCCGGAGAGUGUUUCUGAGACAUGGAUGAGUAAUGUAUAUAGUUUUGGAAUGGUGAUUUGGGAGAUGGUGACUGGUGAGGCAGCCUAUGCGUCAUUUUCACCUGUGCAAGCAGCAGUUGGAAUAGCUGCUUGUGGUCUAAGGCCCGAGAUCCCCAAGGACUGCCCACAAAUGCUGAAAUCUCUCAUGACUAAGUGCUGGAACAAUCUCCCAUCAAAGCGCCCUCAGUUCUCUGAGAUUAUACAAGUAUUACUGCGGCCCAACAACAGUAAUAGGUAGAAAUCUUUAAAUUCCACAAAACAUAAUCUACUCUCCAGAUGUUUGUGUAAAAUAGGUCCCUUAUCAAUUUGAUUUUUUUUUUUUUUUUUUAUGCAUAAAUGUUGACUUGGGAAUUCAUAUAGCAGAAAUGAAGAUAUAAUUUCGUCAUUUUAA